UGUACUUCCGCGGUUGGCCCCUACCAGUACUGACAAGAGGAUACCACCACUGCCAUACUCACCUUGGGCGAUCACAUGGUAGAGGCUGCGUAGAUCAUCUCUCUCUCUCCUCCAGAAGGGACACGUCCUCAAGCGAAGCGAGGUGCAACCCAACCCAGCGCAGCCAUGGCCCUGCGUUCACCACCAACCGCCUCACUCCUCUCAAGCCUGUCCGCCUCACUACUCGUCCCCCUCUCCCUCUCCCUCCUCGCCCUUCCCGCCCUCUUCCGACUGCACUGGCUCCCUCUUAAUGUCAUCCCUUCAAGUCAUGCUCUGCUUCAUUUUGAUGAGACGUUACAAGGAUUGCUGCCCACAAUCGGCUUCGCGGUACUCACCUUCUUUGGCACACUUGUGGUAGUGGGCGCUUGUAGGGAGACCUUCCAGCAAAGGGGCUUCUCGGGGAGGGACUUGCUCAAGCCAGGAUCGACGCACAAGGUCCCGGAAUCGCAAGGCCUCCCAGCAUGCUGCGUCUACCUCCUGGCACUCUUCUGCUUCAUCCCUUUUCGAUACUACCUAGGGUCAGAAGGCAAGGAACAGUCACCGCAGACGACAAGUGAGAAUGGAGGCUGGUCGGGUGAUAUGACUGGACGUCAAGGGUUCCCGCAUCACGAGCUAGCAACGUACCUCUCUGCGCUGCUGUCCCUGCUCAGCUCACUCAUCCUGGGCUUCUGCGACGACGUCUUCGAUAUCCGCUGGCGCUUCAAGAUGCCUAUCCCUAUCAUCUCCUCCAUCCCCAUGCUUCUAGUCUACUACGCCGGCCGGGGCGGUACAGGGCUCGUCGUACCCGGCUGGCCAGGUUGGUUGCGCACCGCCGUUGGCUCUCGCGUGGUGGAUCUCGGUCUCUUCUACUACGUGUACAUGGCUCUCCUGUCCGUCUUCUGUACACACUCCAUCAAUAUCCUCGCGGGCAUCAACGGAGUAGAGGUAGGCCAAGCACUGAUCAUCGCCUUUAGUCUAUGUCUAAACGAUGCGCUCUACCUACCCUUCACCUCUGCCCUCCUCUCCAAAGAGAAGACUGCCGACAUCUACUGGCUCUCCUCUGUCAAUCCCAUCCAAAAUGAGCUAGUAGGGCGACACCUCUUCUCCCUCAGUCUUAUGCUGCCCCUAGUGGGGACCUGCGCAGGCCUACUAGCCUGGAAUCGUCACCCCUCCCUCGUCUUCGUAGGCGAUACCUUUUGCUAUUUCGCAGGUCAAGCCCUAGCCUGCGCCGGUGUACUGGGACACUUUUCCAAGACCCUCCUACUGUUCUUCCUUCCGCAAGUGUUCAAUUUCCUACUCAGCUGUCCACAACUCUUUGGAUUCGUGCCAUGUCCAAGACAUCGUGUCCCUGGCGUGCACGCGGAGACGGGCGGGCUGUACCCCUCUGUUGCUGUCUUUUCCAGCAGGAAGAGGAUAGGAACACUUGGGACAGGGAUGCUGCUGAUCCUCGAGGGACUGGGGUUGGUAAAGUUGUUCAGAGAGGGGGAAAUGCGGAAAGUGGAAACGCGGUUAGCGUCAGAGGGCAAAGGGUUCCGUCAGGGAAAGGGACAGGGACAGGAGCAAGGGAAAGGGCAAGGGCAAGGCAGUCGUCGUAUCGUGGGCACCACGAACCUCACUCUUCUCAACUCCCUCUUAGUGCUCAAAGGUGCUCGUACACCACUCGAGCACGUACUAAAUGAGUUGCGCAAGAGCGAAGUCGCCACCUCUAGCACCAGCACCACCACCUCCUCCUCCUCCUCCCCCGGCGGCAGUCAAGUUGCUCUCCUGCCUAUCCCUCCCCCCUCCUCCUCGGCCACUGGAAAUGGUAGCGUGCACAUCGACGAGCCCCGUCUCUGGCGAUUGGCAAUGGGUACUCAGCUAGCGGGGAGCGCGCUGGCGUUUGCGGUGCGGUAUUGGGCUGCGGCAAUUGUUUUUCCGGAUCAAUGAGGAGGAGUUCGAGAGAGGGAAGGGGGGAGGGGAGCAGGAGAGGGAGGGAAGAAGAGGGUGAGGGGCAAAACAGGG